AUAUUAUAUACCUUUGAAAGUUUGAAGUUUGAACUUCUUUAUUAUGAUUUUAAAUUAUAAUUACCUUUUGACUAGCGAUAAAUUUUACUAUACUAUUAUAUUUCGUUUUUUAUAAUGAUAUUAUUUAAUGAAGACCUGUAAAUUACCAAUUUUUAAGUACUGGUCUGGACUCUAGAUUAAUCGACAUUAACCACGUUUUAGAAUAUUUAAAUCCUUUAAUUUUUCCAAUAAUGACUGAAAAGUGUAUAAUUGACGUCAAGAGUAAAGAAGCAUUAGAAAAAGACACCUUGUUAUUUCCAUGCUUCCAGAUUUCUAAUGAUGUACAGUUGAAAGACGUCCCAAGUACUGGCGAGGAAUAUUUAUUAGCAGUUAUAAACGAAAGACGUAACUGUCAAAUGGUCACCAAGUGUAAAAUAGACUGUUCAAAGUUUGCUCAGAAUCAAUCUGAAUUUGUAAAAGAGAUUCCUCAUCCAAAAGCACCUGACCACUUAAAGCCAACUAUUGAAUGGCAAAACAUACAAGUUGCUGAUUUUUCUGAUAUCAGAUUGUAUAUUUCACGGCUACUUGAUAAAAGGUCUCACUGGCCUAAAAUAAGGAAACUAAAAGAGGAUCCAGUUAAUGAUGUAUGGAUCAAUUUUUUUGACAAUCAUGAGCCUACCUUGUCAUGUAUUCUAGGUAUUAAUUAUAAAAUAUUAGAUAUAGGUUUGGAAUAUUUGAUUGAGUCUUUGAAUGAUAUUGAACCUGGAAGCACUAUUCCAUAUAACACAGGUCAAUGGAUCUAUGCUAUAUUGGCUUGUACAAGACAACCUUUACUACCGAAUACAGUUAGUAUAUUAAGAAACUUAGCAAGAAGAUGUGCUGAAGUCAGAUCACAUAUUAAUCCAGAAGAAGAAAAUUCAAAGGAACUUGUUACUCCCUUUAAUAUUUUUAUUUGUUUAGUUUCUCGGUACUUUGGUCAAUUUGAUUUAGCUGACUGAUUAUUUUUUUAAGGUGUUCUAUGGAUAAAUGUGGUCACACUUAAAUUUUUUUUUGUGGAUUGUGGAUUUUAACUAUUUUUCUAUGCAUCUUUGGUUGCAAUUAGAUCCAUUUUAAAUGAACACUUAAUAUAAACAUAUUAAAUUUAAUACAAUUUUUAAACUAGAAUAAAUAAUGAGGAAAUACUUA